CCAUUUCUGUCUGCAUACCCGCACAUGCGCAAAAACCAGGAAACGCAGGCGAACAAAGAGGAAGCGUGGUAGCUCGCUAGGACUUAAAGGGAACUGAGUGUUGCCUUUUCAAUGAUUGUGUAGCCUAUAGCUAGCUGCUAGCUAGUAUAAGCGAACCUCGUUUGUAAUAUUUAAGCUAAUGAGCCUCCUCCCCCACUUUAAAACAAGAUAUCACCAAACCAUAUUGGAUGCAGAGAUUCUGUAUUUCAUUGGCACUUAAGACUGUCUACAAUAUACAUUUUGGGAAACUGUGUAGGUGUCAACCCACCUGGAAACUGUUUGUCGCUUAUCCCUUAUCUGCAAACUUCCAAAUUCUACCCCAUUGUAGGGGCAUCCUCCCCUAUCCCUUGGACUGCCAACAGUGCACCCAGCCCCCUUGGAAUCGCAGUCUUUCACUAGAUUCCAAUUUCAAGGUUUGCUGGCGUCACUAUUGUACUAACCAGACAGACAUGGCUGAACAGAGAUACUGUGUAGAGUAUGCCAAACGUGGCACUGCGGGAUGUAAGAAGUGUAAGGACAAAAUCAUGAAGGGCUUGACCCGCAUCGGGAAGAUUGUGCCUAACCCGUUCAGUGAGUCCGCCGGGGAGAUGAAGGAGUGGUACCAUGUGAAGUGUAUCUUUGAGAAGCUGGAGCGGGCCCGUGCCACCACUAAGAAGAUCGAGGACAUCACAGACCUGGAGGGCUGGGAGGAGCUGCAGGAUGAGGACAAGGAGCUCAUCAACAAACUUGUUGAAGACUUGAUGGCCAAAGCUAACGCGAGCCCAAAGAAGAAGGUGCAAGCCAAGCUGAACAACAGUGGUCAGCUGUCUGCUCUGCCUGCUGACCCUUCUCUGAAUGCACCACGGAAGUUCUCUGGCUUCACAGCUACUAAGGCUGGGAGCUCAGGCAGCCCAGGCCCCUCCCCAGCCAAACCCAACCAAGGCAGUCCUCUUUCCGCACAGCUCUGUGACCCCAAACACAAGGAUAACCUGCUCCGGGAGUUCCGCAAGCUCUGUGCCAUGGUGGCAGACAAGAAUAGCUACAACAUCAAGACACAGAUCAUCCACGACUUCCUGAAGAAAGGCUCAGGGGGAGAUAAAUUCAAGGGAGAUGUGUACCUGACGGUGAAGCUGCUUCUCCCAGGGGUGGUGAAGAGUGUGUACAACCUCAACGACAAACAGAUAGUCAAGCUAUUCAGCCGCAUCUUCAACUGCAACCAGGAGGAGAUGGUGCGAGAUCUGGAACAGGGGGAUGUGUCGGAGACAGUGAGGAUGUUUUUUGAAGAAGGCAAGUCUUUCCCGCCGGCCGCCAAGAGUCUGCUCACGAUUCAGGAAGUGGAUGCGUCCCUUACCCGUCUGGCCCAGUUAACCAAGGAGGAUGACCAGCAGAAAGAGCUAGAGGACAUAUCCAAAAAAUGCACCGGCAAUGACCUGAAAUGUAUCAUCAGACUCAUUAAGCAUGAUCUAAAGAUGAACUCUGGAGCUAAGCAUGUCUUGGAUGCAGUGGACCCGAAUGCCUACGACGCUUUCAAGGCCUCCCGUAACCUAGGGGACGUGAUAGAGCGUGUGCUGAGGAACCAGCAGGACGCCACCAACGGCUCAGGCCCCAGGAAGCUCCUCACUAUUGAAGCCUCCCUCAUGACCCCAGUGCAGCCUAUGCUGGCUGAGGCAUGCAAGUCCAUCCAGUACGCCAUGAAGAAGUGCCCCAACGGCAUGUACUCUGAAAUCAAGUACGACGGCGAGCGUGUGCAGGUCCACAAGAAUGGAGACCACUUCAGCUACUUCAGCCGCAGCCUUAAACCUGUUUUGCCACACAAGGUGGCCCAUUUUAAAGAGUUCAUCCCUCAGGCCUUUGUUGGUGGCAACAGCAUGAUCCUGGAUGCCGAGGUGCUCCUCAUCGACACCAACACCAGCAAGCCACUGCCCUUCGGGACACUGGGGGUGCACAAGAAAGCAGCCUUCGAAGACGCCAAAGUGUGCUUGUUUGUGUUCGACUGCAUCUAUUUCAACGGCGUGAGCCUGAUGGAGAAGCCCCUGUACGAACGAAGGAAGUUCCUCCAUGACAACAUGGUGGAGGUUCCCAACAGGAUCCUGUUCUCCGAGAUGAAGCACGUCACUAGGGCGGCUGACCUGGCCGAGAUGAUCACACGGGUCAUCAGAGAGGGACUGGAGGGGCUGGUCCUCAAAGACCUCAAGGGCACCUAUGAGCCAGGGAAGCGCCACUGGCUGAAGGUAAAGAAGGACUACCUGAACGAGGGAGCAAUGGCUGACACAGCAGACCUGGUGGUGCUGGGAGCCUUCUAUGGCAAAGGCUCAAACGGCGGGAUAAUGUCCAGUUUCUUAAUGGGCUGCUAUGACCCCAACUCUAAGAAGUGGUGCACCGUGACCAAGUGCUCCGGAGGCUACGAUGACGCCAUGUUGACCCGACUCCAGAAGGAGCUGGACAUGAUCAAAAUCAGCAAGGAACCCAGUAAAAUCCCUGGCUGGUUGAAAAUCAUCAAGAACUAUUACCCUGAUUUUAUUAUCCGCGAUCCCGAGAAAGCGCCGGUGUGGGAGAUCACGGGGGCGGAGUUCUCCAAGUCGGAGAUGCACACCGCCGACGGCAUAUCCAUCCGCUUCCCCCGCAUGACGCGUGUCCGUGACGACAAGGACUGGAAGAGUGCAACCAACCUGAUGCAGCUCAAAGAGCUCUUCCGCAUCUCCAAGGAGAGGUGUGACUUUGAGGUGACAGCCGGGCCCUCCAAAGGAGGUGAGGAUGACAAGGGCUCUUCAGGAGACAGUGGGAGCAACUCUCCACCCUCCACCUCCCAGAGGCCAGUCACGCCCAGAAAGACCAGCACAGGCAACAGCAAUACCCCCAAAGCUAAGGCAGUGAAGACGGAGCCUCCCUCCCCUGUUCUAGCAACCAAGAGGAAAAUGCCCUCAGAAGGGCCCAGCGCAAAGAAGGUAAAGACUGAAACUGUCCAUCACAGUAAUGGACAAAGCAAGAAUGGACAAAGCAAGACUAAGAUGACCCCCUCCAAGUUGGUAGAACCCAGGAAUGACAAGACUUUCUGCUCUCCCCAGACUCUACUGGACAUUUUCAGUGGGGUGAAGCUUGUCCUGCCAGACUCUGUGCAGGACCACACCAAGCUGCGGCGCUACUUUCUGGCCUACGACGGGGACCUGGUGCCGGAGUAUGACGCCGCCUCGGCCACACACACCCUGACUGAGCCCGAGGAGGACAGCCAUGCCCAGAGAGUCACCCCCGGCUGGAUCUGGGAGUGUAUCCGCAAGAGACGGGUGGUGCCUCCCUGCUGAUGAACAUUAAUUACAACCCCCCAGCUGAACACUGGUGCGAUUUUGAAGUGUGUUGGCUUAACAAACAACGGACCAUUAUACGCUGAUCAUGUUUUACAGCCGAGCUUGAUGCAAGCUAAAACCGAUAUAAACUUAGUUGAAUGUUGCUAUGAAUGACAUAACCACAAGGACACAGGACCAGAUCAUGAGAUAUUAUGAUGGUCAUGGCAGAGUAUGAUUAGAGUUUUAAGAAAGAUAUAGGCCUAACUACGUCAGGCUAGGAGUAGUAUCUGUCUACUAUGGGCUGAGUAAUGUUUCCAUCCAUGGAUCUUUCUAUUUAUUUUGUUUCCAGUCCUUUUUCGUAUCCAAGUAGCAUUGGUUCAAAUAAACCAUAAUUACUUAAGUUAGUCUUUUUCAGUUUGGUUUCUGCAAUUGUGUGCCCAUGCUGUGUGAACGGGUUAGGUCCAGCUGACCUACCUCAAGGCCAAGGUUCUCACUUCAAACGGGGUUCCUUUGAUCGAGUGUGUAGUGUAGAUAACAAUACUAUUAGGAAGAGUUUAAACAUGUCAUAUGGACAUGUCCAAUGAUACAAAUCAUGAAAUUAGACUGUCAUAGUAUCUAGGAGAGGGCUUCUUCUAACAAUGCAUGUUCUCCACAUGAAAUGCAAGAUGGAGGGGGAGACUAGCAGGACACUGUCACCUUUUUUUUUAUGGCCAAGUGGAACACUAAAUUGAGGUUUGUUAAUUUUGUAAACCAGAGUGCAACCAGGUGACAAUCUGUCAGAAAUAUCCUUUAAUUCACACAAUAACUUUGAUGUGCUAAUGUUUAAAAUAAACUGGUUUGAAUAUC